UGAGCUAGACAUACUGAAAUGAAUAGUAGAUGGUAGGACAGUGCUUUAGUAUUUGUUGCGUAGUUAAUUUUUUGAUUGAUGACGGUGAUUAGUAACUCCCAUCGCUGGUCACUUCAGUAUGUAUGAAUUCAUUCAUUCUUCGAUGACGAUUUGCUGGCAUCUGUAGCAUUUGUUUCGCUGAUUCUUUCGUGGUCACUCGGGUGUACGACCAUGAGUACACAUCAGUGAAAAGAAAACAUACACAUUCCGGGCCAACAUGGUUAAGCUGGAAACAUUCCGACUGCUGGGAUAUAUCUUGGCGAACGUCAACAUUGUGUUAUCAGUGCUAGAAUCUGUGAAGUGUCUGACGAAAAUAGGUUAUGGCUUCGAUGUUAUUCCAUCCAUAGAAUUGCUGCUGGCGUUGCUCUGUAUUGGAUUCAAUAUAGUACUUAUCAUCGGGAUCAAAAUAGUAAACGUUGCAUGUGUGAAGGUCAAUAGGAGAUUUUUAAUCGUUUGGAAUAUCGCAGUCAUUAUUUACAUGAUUUUGGAGUAUUUCUACACGAUGAUUACUCACCGUCCAGCCGACAAGGGAGUUAUAAUGUUGAUCGUGGCUGUUGUGUUAUUUUUCGUUGUAUUCAUUUUUCAACUUUGGAUCCUGAAUGGUGUUCUUCGCUAUGUUGAAAAUGAAACGUUGAAGAAAUUACCUGCAACAGGCGAUUCAGAGGAUGUAGAUGAGUCUACAGACUGUGUUCCCAAGGAUCAGGAAAUGAAGCCCGAAACAUAGUUUAAAUGACUCUACUCAAAGAUUGUGAUAAUAUAGCAACUCAUUAUGAGCAAUCUAAUCUAGAUGAAUACUUAAAUGUAUAAUAUCUCUGUAUAGAAUUCAUAUGUCAGAUCUAGUCGAAUAUUUGAUAAUAAACCAUAGCAUAGCAAUUUUAUCAGCCUUGUGAUGAAUGCAAUUGAUAGAAAAUUAAUUGAAGUUGCACAAAGAACUGCCAAAAUGAUGCAUGGGAGUAGCAGGUCUCACUGAUCUCACUUACUUACUUUUAAUAAUUAUUAUCGUAUCUUGUACAUCCACAUGUCAUUAAAAAGUGAGAACAUUAAUCACUACUUAUUCUCGAAUCUGAAAGAAUCCGUAAUAUAUGUCUCUGGGUAUCUGGCAACUUUAAGAUGAGAA